UGAUCCUUCUUUCUUCAGAGUUGGAGCCUCAGAGACCCCAAGUUACGCGGCAAAUGGCUCUUCCUCCAAUGGGUUCGCGAUUUUGAGCUCGGAUUUUGCUUCCAUUUCGAGAUCUUGAAUCCGUUGGGUCGCCGGAGGGGGUUUAUUGAAGGGGUUUUGUGUUUUUUCUUUUUGUUCUUGGUGGGUUCGAUUCGAUGAUGGCUGGAAGUAGUGAAAUCAAUCUCAACGAGUCGAGGAUGGUGGUUCCACUAAAUACCUGGGUUCUCAUUUCCAACUUUAAGUUGGCUUACAAUCUUCUUCGUCGUCCUGAUGGGACCUUCAAUCGGCAUUUGGCAGAGUUUCUUGACCGGAAAGUCCCAGCCAAUGCUAACGCUGUUGAUGGGGCUUUCUCGUUUGAUGUCAUUAUCGAUCGCGCUACGAGCCUCCUUUGUAGAAUAUAUCGCCCUGCCAAUGGAGGCGAACCUCAGACUACAAACAUUGUUGAUCUUGAGAAGCCUGUGGAUUCUGAGGUCGUGGUCCCUGUUAUUGUUUUCUUUCAUGGUGGAAGCUUUGCGCAUUCGUCUGCUAAUAGUGCUAUCUACGACACUCUAUGUCGUCGAUUGGUCAGUCUUUGCAAGGCUGUUGUUGUCUCUGUGAAUUACAGGCGUGCACCUGAAAAUCGGUAUCCAUGUGCUUAUGAUGAUGGAUGGACUGCACUCAAGUGGGUACAUUCGAGGUCAUGGCUUCAAAGUAAAGACUCGAAAACGUACAUUUAUUUGGCUGGCGAUAGUUCGGGUGGAAACAUUGUACACCAUGUUGCAUCAAGAGCAAUAAAGUCGGGAAUCGAAGUAUUCGGCAAUAUACUUCUUAAUCCAAUGUUUGGAGGACAGGAAAGAACUAAAUCUGAGAUUCGGUUGGAUGGAAAGUAUUUCGUCACCAUCCGGGAUAGAGACUGGUAUUGGAGGGCCUUCCUCCCUGAAGGAGAAGAUAGAGACCAUCCAGCAUGUAAUCCCUUCGGCCCGAGGGGUAAUAGCCUCGAAGGAAUCAAGUUCCCGAAGAGCCUCGUCGUGGUGGCUGGUUUAGAUCUCGUCCAGGACUGGCAAUUGGCUUAUGCCAAAGGGCUUGAGAAGGAUGGCCAAGAAGUGAAACUUUUGUAUCUUGAGCAGGCAACCAUUGGCUUCUAUUUGCUACCGAAUACCGAUCACUUCUAUACCGUCAUGGACGAGAUAAGUGAAUUUGUGAGAUCUGACUAUUAAUAGAGUUGACACUAUCUACACGCAGCCGUAUCUAACAGAACCAUAACAUUCCUCUCGCGAUAAGAGAGGUCGUUUUAUAAGAUUGUGUAGUAAUACGACUUACCAUUUUGUUGAUUAUCAUGUUAUUUGUCUUCUCCCCUUUGGGUCUGGCUCUUGUUGGUGUAAAACAUGGCUGAAACUCGGUCACCAGACUCGAAGUUACGACGAUUCAGCAUCUAGCUGGACCGGGUUGCUAUCUUCUUCUAGAUUUUGGAGGUAACUGUUUGCUAUGGCUCUCUUAUGGCAGCAAGAGCAGCAUAGCUUCUAAGUGCAGCAGAGUUGCAGUUUAACAUUACCCGCGCUGGCAUCUCGCUGCAACGCGACGUAGAGGAAACGAUCCAAGUUUACGGGUAACUUUUUCGGUAGCUUGGUUUCAUUCCUGCUUAGUGAUGAUAUAUAUAUAUAUAUAUAUAUAAUUUUCAGAACAUGGUUGUGGAAACAUCCAUGAUAUUGUGAUUCUAUAUGUUUAUAUACAUGUUCUAGAAUAUAUGGAAAAAGUUUGCUUAUUUUAA